CUGGGCGGGUACGGCUUCACGCAUGGGCUGGCUCCUGCGGCUUGGGCAACUAACAGGGCCCACAUGGCGCGCGUCAUGGAGUUUGGGAGCACACGCAUCGGGGCGCACCUAGGGGUGUUCGUGACCUCGCCCUUCACUCAGCCGGGUGUCAAGGCGGCCGCGCUGAGGCUGGGGAAGGGGGAGUGCGUGCGGGAGGUAAACGGACAGACGCUGGGGAAGAUCCCGCUGCGCGAGUUGUUCCCAACCGUCACGUCAUGCAUGCGGCGCAAAGAUCCCAUUGAGGUGGGCUGCGGCACUACCGCUCUGUCACGACCGGGCUACUUUGAUGCGCACAUCAGCGACGAGCAGUUUGCCGCCGAGUCGGCCUACAUUGCGCGACACCAUAAAGUGGACAUCCGGGAUAAGGAACAUCUGUACUACUACCGCGUGUUCAGGGAGACGUUCCCCAACGGCAUCGUUCCAAACAA